AUGAGCUUGCCAGCCAUUCAAUCACCCUGUCUACAGAGGCUCCCAGUUGCCCAACGUGGCUCUGCCACCACUGCAAUCGCCGAGUCCAAUUACCAGCCUCGGCACGUCGAAAUGCUGUCCGACCCCGAAAUCAUUGAGACGCUCAAAGUUCGAUCUACAGUAACUGCUGCCCUACGUCGAUUUUUCGAGACGCGCUCCUUUGUCGAGGUUUCUACUCCCAUCCUCUCUGCCGGCGCUGGCGGUGCGACUGCGAAGCCAUUUGAGACCGUAGCAACGGAAUUCUCAGGGCGAAAACUCAACCUACGAAUCGCCCCUGAACUUUGGCUCAAGAGGCUUGUUAUCGGAGGGAUGGACAACGUCUUUGAAAUCGGAGCUUGUUUCCGGAACGAAGGGCUCGAUAAAACCCACAACCCGGAGUUCACGACCUGUGAAUUCUACGCCGUCUCCCACGAUCUACAGCAAUUGAUGGACAUGACGGAACAGCUGCUUGCCAGCAUUAAAGUGGCUGUGCAAGCCAAUUUCCAUCCCGAUGGGGAGAGGCCGCUCUUUCGACAACUACAGGCGGACUUCCAAGUCCUCGACUUCAUCCCUUCCCUCAAUUCCGCCCUAGGACGGGAACUGCCAAAUCUAACUUCGCCAGAUGCGCAUUCUUCACUCCUCGCCAUCUUCGAAUCCAAAAACAUCGCUCUCCCCUCCAAUGCCACGGUCCCCCGACUGGUCGACAAACUCUCCUCAAUCUACCUCGAACCAUAUUCAUUGGGAACCCCACUCUGGAUCACAAAUAUCCCGGAAUGUCUCUCCCCCCUAGCAAAGUCGUUCAUCCAUCCCACCGCAGCGAACGCGCAACCCGUCGCAGCUCGGGCGGAGUUGUUCAUCCAAGGCAAGGAAAUCGUGAACUGCUACGAGGAAGAAAACUCUCCGUUUGAGCAGAGACGGAAGUUCGUCGACCAGCAAAAGUACGCUCGUGCUCCUUCUGGUGGUACAGCAGAGCUCGUAGAAGACCAAGAAGCGAUGAAAGUGGAUGAGGACUAUCUUGAGGCAUUGGAAUGGGGGCUGCCGCCUACAGGAGGCUGGGGGUGCGGGAUCGAUCGCUUGGUCAUGCUCUUCGCAGGCAGAGAGAGGAUUGGCGAUGUGCUUAGUUUUGGUAAUUUGAGGGCCGUUACUAGGGGUGCGGAACUUGUGAAUCAGGGGAAGAAGUAG